AUGUCGUGCACGAAAAGCGGAAACGGUUGUACGAACGGUAACGGAGUUGAUAAUAAUAACGAAGAUGAUGCCGUUGAAAUAUCCACAGAGACGAGAUACUUAGAUGGAACCGUACGGUUGAGGAACCCCAACAUCGAACUGAUGGACCAAGACAUCCUCUACCAUCUGGCGUUGGGCAGCGAAUCCCACGAUCUCGUCGAAAUGUUCGGCGAUGUAAAGUUCGUCUGCAUGGGCGGCACGCCCAAGCGAAUGUUCAACUUCGCCGAGUACAUAAUGAAGGAAAUCGGCCACAAACUGCCCACCGGCACCCAAUUGAUGGACAUCAGCCAGUACUCCUAUCGCUAUAGCAUGUACAAAGUUGGCCCCGUGCUCUCCAUCAGCCACGGAAUGGGCGCCCCCUCCAUCGGGAUUCUACUGCACGAGGUGAUCAAACUAAUGUACCACGCCAGGUGUCGGGAUCCCGUCUUCUUCAGGAUCGGCACCUGCGGAGGCAUCGGCCUCGAAGGCGGCACCGUCAUCAUAUCCGAUAACGCGGCCGACGGCAUGAUGAAUAAAUAUUAUCAAGUGCCGGUACUGGGAAAGCUGGUAAAACGACCGGCUAAAUUAGACAAGAAACUAGUGAAAGAAUUAAAAGCCUUAGCGAAUCCGGACGAUCCUUACGAUACAGUGACCGGUACCACAAUGUGCGCCGAUGAUUUCUACGAAGGUCAAGGCAGAUUGGACGGCGCCUUCUGCGACUACUCCGAAGCCGACAAAAUGGAGUAUCUGGAACGUUUGCGUAGCAACGGAAUUAGAAACAUCGAAAUGGAGGCGACCACGUUCGCCGCUCUCACCCAUCACGCCGGCAUUAAAGCCGCCAUCGUGUGCGUCGCCCUGCUCGAUCGAAUGAAAGGCGAUCAGGUUUGCACGCCGAAAGAGGUGCUGACCGAAUGGCAGUUGAGACCGCAAAUAUUAGUGGCCAGAUACAUAAAGCGGUAUUUGCAGACCAAAGGGAGGAUUUCGUUGGACGGGCACGGUUCGAUGGCGGUGAAGAGUCCGAGGCGCUUCAAGUUGGUGCAGCAGGAAUCGCAGACGUUCGAAUAA